GCUGCUCGCGCGCGCCUCCGAGGCUCUCGCUGUCGCGCCGGCCGAGCGUCUCUGUAAAGCCUUGGCCGCCAAUGGGGGAGGUGGAGCCCGUGCCCGCGGGCUCGCUGGAGCCCCCGGAGCCACCUGAAGCGGCGGCGCCUCGCCGGCCCGGAGGUAUUCGGGUCCUAAAGAGGAAUAUGAAACACAAUGGGAGCAGAAAUUGUUUGAAUAGAAGAAGUAGGUUUGGCUCUCGAGAAAGAGACUGGCUAAGAGAAGAUGUGAAGAGAGGCUGUGUUUACCUUUAUGGAGCGGACACGACCACUGCCACUACAACCACCACCUCCUCCUCCUCCUCCUCCUCCUCCUCCUCCUCCUCCUCUGAUUUACAUCUUGUCCUUUGCACAGUGGAGACACCAGCGUCAGAAAUAUGUGCUGGAGAGGGAAGAGAAAGUCUCUAUCUACAGCUUCAUGGAGAUCUGGUCAGGAGACUGGAGCCCACUGAACGGCCUCUCCAGAUUGUUUACGACUACUUAUCCAGGCUGGGGUUUGAAGAUCCCGUGCGCAUACAGGAGGAGGCUACGAACCCUGAUCUCAGCUGUAUGAUUCGAUUUUAUGGUGAAAAGCCAUGCCAGAUGGAUCAUCUGGACCGAAUCCUGCUGUCUGGCAUCUAUAACGUCCGCAAAGGGAAGACCCAGCUGCACAAAUGGGCUGAGCGCCUCGUUGUUCUCUGUGGCACCUGCCUUAUUGUCUCCUCAGUGAAGGAUUGCCAAACUGGAAAGAUGCACAUCUUGCCACUGGUUGGGGGAAAGAUAGAAGAAGUGAAGCGCCGGCAACACUCCCUUGCUUUCAGCUCAGCUGGAGCCCAAGCUCAGACCUAUCAUGUCAGCUUCGAGACUUUGGCUGAGUACCAGAGAUGGCAGCGGCAGGCGUCUAAGGUGGUGUCCCAGAGGAUCAGCACCGUGGACCUCUCGUGUUACAGCCUUGAGGAGGUUCCUGAGCAUCUCUUCUACAGUCAAGACAUCACCUACCUCAACCUGCGACACAACUUCAUGCAGUUAGAAAGACCAGGGGGCCUUGACACACUCUACAAAUUUUCUCAACUGAAGGGCCUGAACUUGUCCCAUAAUAAGCUUGGACUGUUUCCUGUGUUGCUGUGUGAGAUUUCUACCCUGACUGAACUCAACCUUUCUUGUAAUGGAUUUCAUGACUUGCCAAGUCAGAUUGGUAAUCUGUUAAAUCUUCAGACCCUCUGCCUUGAUGGCAAUGUUCUCACAGCUCUACCAGAUGAAUUGGGAAACCUGCAGCAGCUUACUUCUCUGGGAAUUUCCUUCAACAAUUUUAGUCAAAUUCCUGAAGUUUUGGAGAAACUCACCAUGUUAGAUAAAGUGGUUAUGGCAGGAAACCGUUUGGAAAUCCUGAACCUAGGGGUGCUGACCAGGAUGAACCAUGUUAAGCAUGUGGAUCUAAGGAUGAACCACUUGAAAACGGUGAUUAUUGAAAAUCUGGAGGGAAAUAAACACAUCACUCACAUGGAUUUGCGGGACAAUCAGUUGACUGAUUUGGACCUUAGCUCCUUAUGUAGCUUGGAGCAGCUGCAUUGUGAGCGGAACCAGUUGAGAGAGCUGACACUCAGUGGCUUCUCCCUUCGAAACCUCUACGCCAAUUGGAACAAGCUGACAGCAGUGAAUGUCUAUCCAGUACCAAGCCUGCUCACUUCUUUGGAACUCUCCCGAAACUUGCUAGAAUGUAUCCCUGACUGGGCCUGUGAAGCAAAAAAGCUAGAAAUACUAGAUAUAAGCUACAAUCUGCUUACAGAGGUUCCCAUGAGAAUUCUGAGUAGUCUGAGUCUUCGGAAACUGAUGGUAGGACACAACCACAUCCAUGUCCUUCCGGCACUGGUGGAGCACAUUCCCCUCGAGGUACUGGAUGUCCAGCAUAACACUCUGUCCAGGCUGCCGGACACACUGUUCUCCAAGGCCUUAAAUCUCAGGUACUUGAAUGCAUCCGCAAAUAGUCUGGAGUCUUUGCCUUCUGCGUGUGCUGGAGAGGAGAGUCUGAGUGUGCUGCAGCUGCUGUACCUGACCAACAACCUUCUGACAGACCAGUGCAUACCUGUUUUGGUCGGGCACCCACACCUGCGUGUUCUGCACCUUGCAAACAACCAGCUACAGACCUUUCCUGCAAGCAAACUAAACAAAUUGGAGCAACUGGAAGAACUGAAUCUAAGUGGGAACAAGCUUAAAGCUAUUCCCACAACCAUAGCAAACUGCAAAAGACUGCACACCCUUGUCGCACAUGCCAACAACAUCAGCAUUUUCCCAGAGAUCCUGCAGCUGCCUCAGAUUCAGUUUGUUGACCUGAGUUGCAAUGAUUUGACAGAAAUACUAAUUCCAGAGACUCUGCCUGCCACUUUACAAGACCUUGAUCUUACAGGAAAUACAAAUCUGGUUCUGGAACACAAGACUUUGGACAUGUUUAGCCAUAUCACAACACUGAAAAUUGAUCAGAAACCUUUACCGACCACAGAUUCUACAGUUACAUCAACCUUCUGGAGCCAUGGACUGGCCGAGAUGGCUGGGCAGAGGAAUAAACUCUGUGUGUCUGCUCUGGCUAUGGAUAACUUUGCAGAGGGCGUGGGGGCUGUGUACGGCAUGUUUGAUGGGGACAGGAAUGAGGAACUCCCCCGUCUGCUGCAGUGUACAAUGGCAGACGUGCUUUUGGAAGAGGUACAGCACUCAACAAGUGACACCGUUUUCAUGGCCAAUACCUUCCUGGUGUCUCACAGGAAAUUAGGAAUGGCUGGCCAGAAGCUAGGUUCCUCUGCUCUCCUGUGCUAUAUUCGACCUGACACUGCCGACCCAACAAGUAGUUUUAGCUUGACUGUAGCCAAUGUUGGCACGUGCCAAGCUGUCCUGUGCCGAGGUGGAAAGCCAGUACCUCUUUCUAAAGUCUUCAGCUUGGAGCAUGACCCAGAGGAGGCACAGAGGGUGAAGGACCAGAAAGCUAUCAUAACAGAGGACAACAAGGUGAAUGGGGUUACCUGCUGCACCCGGAUGCUGGGAUGUACAUACCUCUACCCCUGGAUCCUCCCCAAGCCUCACAUAUCCUCCACUCCGCUUACCAUUCAAGAUGAAUUGCUGAUUUUGGGAAACAAAGCACUGUGGGAACACUUGUCCUAUCUAGAAGCUGUCAGUGCAGUCCGUCAUGUGCAAGACCCAUUAGCUGCUGCUAAGAAGCUGUGCACAUUAGCACAGAGCUAUGGUUGUCAGGACAAUGUGGGGGCAAUGGUGGUUUAUUUGAACAUUGGUGAAGAAGGCUGUACCUGUGAAAUGCAUGGGCUUGCCCUUCCAGGCCCUGUGGGAUUUGCUUCAACAGCAACCAUCAAGGAUGCCCCCAAGCCAACCACUCCCUCCUCUAGCAGUGGGAUUGCCUCAGAGCUGAGCAGUGAGGUGUCGACCUCAGAGGUGAGCAGUGAGGUGGGUUCCACAGCGUCUGACGAACACAACACUGUGGGCCUGGAGACGAGCUUGCUUCCCAGGCCUGAGAGGCGCUGUAGUCUGCACCCUGUGCCCUCUGCAGGCACUUUCCAGCGCCAGCCUUCUUGUGCUACCUUUUCCAGCAAUCAGUCUGACAAUGGACUGGACAGUGACGAUGACCAGCCUGUUGAAGGCGUCAUAACCAAUGGCAGCAGGGUUGAGGUAGAGGUAGACAUUCAUUGCUGCCGAGGCAGAGAGUCUGAGAACUCCCCUACUCUCCCGAAGAAUUCUUCCUACCCCUGUUCAGAGGAACAUGCUAGGGGGUUGGGUUUUGGGAUCCGAAGACAGAACAGUGUGAAUAGUGGUAUACUUCUGCCAGUGAACAAAGACAAGAUGGAGUUACAGAAGUCUCCCUCCACUUCUUGUUUGUAUGGAAAGAAACUCUCCAAUGGCUCCAUUGUGCCCCUAGAAGACAGCCUGAACCUCAUUGAGGUGGCCACAGAAGCACCCAAGAGGAAAACUGGCUAUUUUGCUGCCCCCACUCAGCUGGAACCAGAGGAUCAAUUUGUUGUCCCCCGUGACCUGGAAGACGAAGUGAAGGAGCAAAUGAAGCAGCACCAGGAGAGCAGGCCUGAGCCUGAACCCAGGGAAGAGGACCGGACAGAGCCCCUGCAGGAGUUUGAUACAGCACUGUGA